AUGGCUCCAACUACUACAAAGAAGUUCAAUAACAAAUCGAAUAAUAAUAAGAAACGUUCAAGUCCUUCUAAUGAAAAAUCAAUAAAUAAGAAGGCUAAAAUUUCAGUUGAAUCUUCUUCUUCAGAUGAAGAUGAAGAUGAAUUGGAUCAAUUAGACGAUGAUUCCGCUUCUUCUGGUUCUGGUUCUGCUUCUGAAUCAUCAUCUGAUGAUGAUGACGCUGAUGAAUUGGAUGAUAUUGUCUCAUCUGCUUCUGAUGUCAACGAAGAUGACUUAGAUCAUUUAGAUAACAAUGAAGAAGAAUCAAACGAUGAUGAGGAAGGUGAAGACCAAGACAAAGAAGAUGAAGACGGAGAAAGGACUGAAGAUGGUGAGAAAUCGACCUCAGAUAAUCAUACUGAACAAAGAAAAUUAUUAAAGGAAAGAAAAAUGCAAAGAAAAUCCGGUAUUGAAGUUCAACAUAUCAAAUCAUUAUGGGAAAAAUUACGUGUAAAUACACCACCAUUACCUAAAGAAGUUCGUGAAAAAUUAUCCAAUGAAAUUUGGGAAUUAUCCAAAAAUUGUAUAUCUGAUUUAGUGAUGAAACAUGAUGCUUCCCGUGUCGUUCAAACUUUAGUCAAAUAUUCUACUAAAGCUCGUCGUGAACAAAUUAUUAAUUCAUUAAAGGGUAAAUAUUAUGUUUUAGCAACUUCAGCAUAUGGUAAGUACCUUUUAGUUAAAUUAUUACAUUAUGGUUCUAAAAAUUCAAGACAAGUUAUCAUUAAUGAAUUACAUGGUUGUUUAAGAAAAUUAAUGAGACAUCGUGAAGGUGCAUACGUUGUGGAAGAUUUAUAUGUACUUUAUGCUACUCAAGAACAAAGACAACAAAUGGUUAGGGAAUUUUGGGGGGCUGAAUAUGCUGCCUUUAGAGAGAAGCAUAGUGGAACUACAAUUGAACAAGUUUGUGAAUCUAGUAUCGAAAAGAGAAAUAUUAUUUCCAGAAAUUUGAUCGGUACCAUUACAGCAUCCGUUGAAAAGGGAUCCACUGGGUUCCAAAUCUUACAUGCUGCCAUGAAGGAAUUUGUUAAAAUUGCAGAUGAUAAAGAAAUAUCCGAAAUGAUUGAAUUAUUACAUGAACAAUUUGCAGAAUUAGUUCAUACACCAGAAGGUUCAGAAGUGGCAUGUACAUUAAUCGCUAAGGCAAACGCGAAAGAAAGAAAAUUGUUAGUAAGAGCUUUGAAGGAUCAUACUGAGAAAUUAAUUAAGAAUGAGCAUGGUAAUAUAGUUUUCAUUACUCUCUUAUUAUGUGUUGAUGAUACAGUUUUAAUAUUCAAAUCAUUUGGACCAUCUGUUAAGGAACAUUUACAAGAUUUCAUAAUUGAUAAAUAUGGUAGAAGACCAUGGAUUUAUAUUCUUUUAGGAUUGAACGGUAAAUAUUUUGCACCCAAUGUGAAGAAGGAGUUAUCAAAAUAUCUUGCCAUGGCUGAAUUAACCUCUAAGAAACCAACAUCACAAAAGAGACAAGAAUUGUUAAAUAAAUUUUCACCAAUGUAUUUGAAGACUAUUUCCAAAUAUUAUUCCGAGAUUCUUUCAGAAAAUCUUGGUAGUCAAUUUAUUUCAGAAGUUUUAAUUAAUGAUGAAUUGUAUGAACAAUUAGGUGAGAAGGAUAAAGCUGUUUUCGUUCAAAUUAUUGAUCGUAUAAUUACAUCCUUUAAAGGUGAUAUCUCAGAAGAGUCUCAUCCAAUACAUAGACCAUAUUCUACCAGACUAUUAAAAUCAUUGAUUCAAGGUGGUAAGUGGAAUAAUAAAGAUAAGAAAUUGGAACCAUUAGAAAAGGUAGAAGGAUUAGGUGUUCCAUUCGCCAAGAGAUUUUAUGAGGAUAUCAUUGAUUCAUCCAAUCUUCUAGAAUGGAUCAAUACAUCUGAUAGUUCCUUUACUGUAGUAGCAUUAUAUGAAGCAUUAAAUGAUAAAGAAGAAGGCGAUCAAUUGAUAGGAGAUUUAGAAGAAAUCAAGGGUAGGAUUGAUGCCACGAAAGAUGAAAAUAACAAGGGUGCUCAAUUGUUAUUGAAACUAUUGAAAUAA